GCGGCUGGGGGCACUCGAAGCAGGUAAGUGCAUUCUGGACAACGUCUCGUUCGCGAUGGCCGUUGAUCCAGCUCCAGUUCACGACUCCAGCGGAACAAAUGAUAGACGUUGAGACCCUGGGAGCGCAGCCGAGAGCUAUAAGGCACGAUUCACCGUGCAGACGAUCGAUAGACAUCCGCCUUCCCCGAGCUUGAGCCAUGUCCGCCUACUUCACGCGUCCCCGGCAGCCCACCGUCUCCUCGCCAGCCGGGAGCACCGUCCUACGACCGGCCCAUCACGACGCGCACGACCAACGCCUUCCCUCGCUGGACAUCGACUUUGGCGAGUCAAUAUACAUCUUCCCUAAUCCCUCUUCCGUGCCACCGAGCCCCGGGUCUUCGCUCUUCUCCGCACCAAGCGACCUCCCUUCUUCCCUGAGCUCUCCAGCCUCCUACAUCGAAUCUCGCCGCCGUCCGCGUGGGCGACACCACACCUCCAGCUUCUCCGCGCAGACCAGCACCAGCCGCAGCCGCAGCGAGAGCGCGAGCACGAGCACGUCUUACCUUCGCGUCCACCAUCCCCUCUCGCCCACCACCCCUACCGACACGGACGCAGAUGCAGAUGCAGACGCGUAUCUCGACGGCGACAUCGAGGUCGAGCUCUGGGAGUGGACAGGCGAGUCCGCGCGCUCCGGCGAGGGCUCCGAGCCCGACUCGUGGGUACUCGAGGAGGAGGUGCAGCGCGCGAGUCGGUGGGGGCUCACGGACGCAGACACGCACGUCCGUGGGCGGCCGUACCCCCUGCGCGCGUCGACGUCCACCGCGCACGCGCGGAUCACACUGGACAACGCGCGCCACCGGCUGAGCCUCGCGUCCCUCCGCUCGCGGACGCGCUCGAAGUCGAGCAGCGACUUCAGGCCGGGGAGCGCGCAGGCGCCGCAGCCGCGCAUACGCAUACCGCUGCUGUCGUUCUUCGCUGCGCUGCUCUCGCUCGACCUGGACGACCCCGCCCUGCGCCUGCUCACACAGCCCGCUCCGCCCGACGGCCAGUCGAUCCUCUUCCCCGGGCACCCCACAAGCAGUCUCUCUCCCCCGGAACCCUCCUCGCCUUCCUCUGACAGCUCGGACACGAGGUGCCAUAACUCGGAUCGCUCGGAACUGACGCCCGACCUUCCCUCCAGCACGCACGGUUUGCAGAGGCUGUUCUCCUCGACGACGGAGCCCGCCAGCGCUGCGUUGCGCUCACUCCGUGCGGGACUGGUCGCGAUCCCGAUCGAUAUCGACGUGCCGGGGGUCGCGGGCCUCGCCGGUUUGUUCCGCGCCGUCGGGGAGGCGUAUACGCGGGGCGGGCAGGCGUGGAAGGAGAUUUGGGCGGGCGAUGUCCUGAUGUCCUGAAUCCCGUUUUGUUGGAUGUCUUCUGGGUACUAGCGUUGGCUACGUACGUCACUCUGCUUUCCACGAUCUGUUCUUUCUCGCCCUCGGUUUCUCUAGCCUCUCCAUAUGGACCUUGAACGUGCGUGUCUGGGAUGUUGUCUCGCUGUAUUGUAGUAGACUUGGGCUCUUGUACGCAUACGCACCCCUCAUAUACCGAUGUACGCAACUAAACUAGAUCCCACAGUAGUACAAAAAUGCCAAAGGGAAGAAUGAUUGUCACCUUCGAGUCUGUGGGUUCGAGUAAGCAGCGUAUGAAACUGCUCCGAAGUAUAAUGGCUGGCUCA